AUGCUCGCUACCGCUGAUUGUACAAAUCAUUAUAUGGAACAAAUUGUAUAUGAGAGUAGUUGGUCCGAUAAUACUUCCAAUGGGAUAUCAUGGUUCAAUUUAUUGACAACGGAACCAAUUCCUGAAGAAACAGAUAUAACUGAUAUUUCUCAUACACCUGUACGAAACAAUAGUGGAAGAAGUUGUUCCACAUCAUCGAUUGAAAGUUGUUAUGUUGUUCUGGAAAUUCAACGACCACGUUCAGAUACAGAACUAUCAAAGAACAUCGAAAGACAACAAGAAGACGACGCGGAAGAAGAAGAAGAGAUGGAAGAAGAAAUGGAAGAACUACAUUUUGCUCAAGCUAAAAUUGAUGAUCACUCGAUCGAUUGUGAACAACUGACGGUUUCAUUGACACUCGAGUUUCCACAGAAAGAACAUCUUAUCGAACAUAUUCAAGAACAAAUUUACGAAGUAGAAGAGCAUGCUGAAAUAAUUCAACCGCCCAUCCAAGAAUUCUCUAAGCAGCUGUUUUUUAAUAAAGCAAAAUCGUUAAAUGGAUCUACCAAAUGUAUGAAAGCGAUGACACAUGUAGCCAAACGAGAACAAUCUUGUUCAAUAUUAACUGAUGAUGAACAAUCGAACACAACAGCAACGCUUGAGCCGAUCCAAAAAAUCAUCGAAACUUCUAUUCAAAAACAACAACAACAACCAAAAAGUCCUGUACGCCAUUCGAAUACAAGUCUCGAUUCGAUUGAAAGUAAACUUUCGCCUCCCGUACCAACUCAAAUACGAACGACAACUACUUUCUCAACAUUGUCAACUCAACGUACAUCCAAUCCGUCUCAAAUACAACGACCUGGUCUUAAAAUGGGUACGACAACACUAACACGUACCUUUGCAUUCGAUCGAGCAUGCAUGGAGAAGUACGGUCGAAAUCCAGAAACAAAACCCGAACCCGAACCCGUCCCAGUUCCCAUAGUUCCUGUUGUUGAAACUCCUGUUAAAAAAGACAUCGGCUUACCUCCUCGACAACACAAACCGACUGAGCCACCUUUAACUUCCCAUAAUGGAUCUAAUUUGUACUUUCGCAACACUGGUACUCCGAAGCAAUCACGUAUCGACGAUGAAGUAAUGACUAUGCAUGAUUCAAUCUACGAGUAUCAGCAAUCGCUACCUCCGAUGAGGUUCGACUCGCAAAGUCUCUCAAAGACGUCAUCAGUUCUAUGUUUAAUGAAGAAAUGUGCUCGAACAGUCGCAUCUGAAUACCGACUAACCACUAAUCAUGAUAAAACAUUUACUGAACCAAAAUUACUUCAAGUGACAUAUCUUGACGGACGACUUCCACUGAGAACUGACCCAAUGGCAGAAUUAACUCAAAAAUCUCAAACAUUAUCGAGUUCCGUAGCUUCUCGUCUGAAUAAGCUUGGAUUGUCGAAAAUGUCAUCAACGCAAGAUAUAUCUGGUUCAGUGUCGUUGAAUGGUUCCUAUCGAAAACGUGUUUUAAAUCGUUUUCGAAAUUUGAUAGAAACUCAUCCCAACGACUCAUCAUCGCAAGCCAGACCAUGGCAACAUAAGACAAUUAUUGAACUAUUCAAUGAUAGAAAACAGAAACAAUGA